UUCAAAUUCUCUGCAACAUCAUUUUCAUCUUCUUACAUUAAUAAUCAAACAAUUCUUUGACCUUAAAACACUCAAAAAUCAUACAAAUACACAAACUUACAGUUACAAAUCUUGAAUCUUUUUCCACUUUACCAUCACCCCAUUUCCCAUAUAGAUCAUUCUUGAUUUGCAAAAGCUAUGAAAUUGCACAAACAGUCAAGUAGAAGAGAUGAGGAAUUACCCAAUUCCCAACCAUACUCACCAAAGACCUUGAAAUACCCAAACAGAUCUCUUCCCAGAUCCAUCAAUUAUCUCCUCAAAGAACAAAGACUUUUGUUCAUUCUUGUUGGUAUUCUAAUUGGUUCAACUUUUUUCAUCAUUCAACCCAGUCUUUCUCAUCUUAGCACGUCUUCUGAACCACAUUCUUCAAUACCCAGAUCAUAUAAUGCUUUAAAUCAUGAAUCUUUGUCAACAUUGUCUUCAUAUAAUGAUAAAGAUUUCAGCUUUAGGGUAAAUGGAGGUACUGGGAGGGUGCCAGUUGGGGUUGGGAGGAAAAGGAUGAGGAUUGUGGUGACUGGUGGUGCUGGAUUUGUGGGGAGUCAUUUAGUGGAUAAGUUAAUUAAGAGAGGUGAUGAUGUUAUUGUGAUUGAUAAUUUCUUUACUGGUAGGAAAGAAAAUGUGAAACAUCAUUUUGGGAAUCCAAGAUUUGAGCUUAUUAGGCAUGAUGUUGUUGAGCCUAUUUUGUUGGAAGUGGAUCAGAUUUACCAUUUGGCUUGUCCUGCUUCUCCAGUUCACUACAAGUAUAAUCCUGUCAAAACUAUUAUAUCAAAUGUGAUGGGCACCCUUAACAUGUUGGGGCUUGCCAAGAGAAUUGGCGCUAAGUUCUUGCUUACUAGUACAAGUGAGGUUUAUGGUGAUCCGCUUGAGCAUCCUCAAAAGGAAACAUAUUGGGGUCAUGUGAAUCCAAUAGGUGUUAGGAGCUGCUAUGACGAGGGAAAGCGGACUGCGGAAACCUUGACUAUGGAUUACCAUCGGGGUGCAAAUGUCGAGGUUCGUAUUGCUCGGAUUUUCAAUACAUAUGGACCUCGUAUGUGUCUAGAUGAUGGACGUGUUGUCAGCAACUUUGUUGCCCAGGCCAUCCGCAAGCAACCGAUGACAGUAUAUGGUGAUGGAAAGCAAACUCGAAGUUUUCAAUUUGUCUCUGAUCUGGUUGAUGGAUUGGUGGCCCUCAUGGAGGGUGAGCACAUUGGCCCUUUCAACUUGGGAAAUCCAGGAGAAUUCACCAUGUUGGAGCUUGCUGGGGUGGUGAAAGAAGUGAUUGAUCCGAGUGCCACUAUUGAGUUCAAAGCCAACACCGCGGAUGAUCCUCACAAGAGGAAACCUGAUAUUAGCAAAGCAAAGGAGCUACUAAACUGGGAACCAAAAAUAUCGUUGCAAGAGGGGCUUCCUCUCAUGGUCAAUGAUUUCCGCAAUCGUAUCUUGAAUGAAGAUGAAGGCAAAGGGAACUAAACAAGGAAGAAAAAUAGUAUGUAUAGCUCAAAACUUAUUUUUAUUGUUUAUUACACUCGAAGUUGAUAUGAUAUGCAUUCUUUUUCUCCGUCAUUUUUGUUGUAAUAGCAGAUGGAUCUUUAGUCUCAUAUAUGUAUGUUCUUUUCCCUU